CAGUGGCGGCGGCAGCGGUGGCUGGAGCCUCUGAUUGGGUUUCGGGGUCCGGUACUGGAGCCAAUCAGCGCGGGCAGCGAACCGGGGGAGCGAGGCACGGCACACACCUCACAGGCUUCUAGGAUCUCCAGGUUGAAACUCAUUGAGGAUCAGAAUCUAAUUUGGAGGGGCCAUGGAGCAGUAUACAGCAAACAGCAAUAGCUCAACAGAACAGAUUGUUGUACAGGCUGGACAGAUUCAGCAGCAGCAGCAGGGUGGUGUCACUGCUGUGCAGCUGCAGACUGAGGCCCAGGUGGCAUCCGCCUCAGGCCAGCAAGUCCAGACCCUCCAGGUCCAGGGGCAGCCAUUAAUGGUACAGGUCAGUGGAGGCCAAUUAAUCACAUCAACUGGUCAGCCCAUCAUGGUCCAGGCUGUCCCUGGUGGACAAGGCCAAACCAUUAUGCAAGUACCUGUAUCUGGGACACAGGGUUUACAGCAGAUACAAUUGGUCCCACCUGGACAGAUCCAGAUCCAGGGUGGGCAGGCUGUGCAGGUGCAGGGCCAGCAGGGCCAGACACAGCAGAUCAUCAUCCAGCAGCCCCAGACAGCCGUGACCGCUGGCCAGACUCAGACUCAGCAGCAGAUAGCUGUGCAGGGGCAGCAGGUGGCACAAACUGCUGAAGGGCAGACCAUCGUCUAUCAGCCAGUUAAUGCAGAUGGCACUAUUCUCCAGCAAGUUACAGUCCCUGUUUCAGGCAUGAUCACCAUCCCAGCAGCCAGUUUGGCAGGAGCACAGAUUGUUCAAACAGGAGCCAACACUAACACAACCAGCAGUGGACAAGGGACGGUCACUGUGACGCUGCCAGUGGCAGGCAAUGUCGUCAAUUCGGGAGGAAUGGUCAUGAUGGUGCCUGGUGCUGGCUCAGUACCUGCUAUCCAGAGAAUCCCUCUACCUGGAGCAGAGAUGCUCGAAGAAGAGCCUCUCUAUGUCAACGCCAAGCAGUACCACCGAAUACUUAAGAGAAGACAAGCCAGAGCUAAACUAGAGGCAGAAGGGAAAAUUCCAAAGGAAAGGAGGAAAUACCUUCACGAGUCUCGACACCGUCAUGCCAUGGCACGGAAGCGUGGUGAAGGGGGACGAUUUUUCUCUCCAAAAGAAAAGGAUAGUCCCCAUAUGCAGGAUCCAAACCAAGCAGAUGAAGAAGCAAUGACACAGAUCAUCCGAGUGUCCUAACCCCAGGAUGUGUGAUGGAGCUGAUCACGGUCAUGUUCCUUACCACUGCUUCCCACUGUUCCAGGAAACUGAUCAACUCUUCCGAUGGGACACUGAUGGUCUCAUUCUGCCCUUUUCUACAGGACAGAAACCACUUAGUUUUUAAUAAGUGGCUCAGUAUUAUAAUCGCAGCGAUGUCUGGCAAAUUGAAGUUGCAAGCCCUUGUCUCACCCUUUGAGUCAGGACCUAUUUCAGACUGUCGAUGAUACUGACAUUUCAUGGAUUAGGAUCCAUGCCAGCCCAGCAGUGCCACAUACAGCACUUACACGUUGACUGGUAAAACCAGCCAACCGUCUCAGCAGGGGAGAACAACCUCAACCUAAACUGCAAUCAGGGAAGCCACAGCCUAUCCCUUCCCAUGGAAUCUAAACGGCAUCCAUCCCUCUGAUGGGGCUCUCAGGCUGACUAACUAAAUGGACACUUUGUAUUCAGAGAUGGCUUCCAGACAAGGAAGUUCCAUCUUAUGAUAUGAAAACAAUAAAUUAUCUGAGAUACAGUCAUCUAAUCUGUGGUAUCAGAAUCUGCCCAGAUGAGAGGUUGGUAUUUUUGGACACCAGCCAAGAAAAUGCUAACUUUGGGGAUAGAAUGAUAAAAGACUGAAGCACUAAAAAUAUAAAUUGCUGAGAAUCUUUUUUUAACUUUGACAAGUGGUGGUCCGUCUGUUGACAGGUCAUAUGGACCAUAGUUCUUACCAUGGCAACUUUCAAGAUAAUUAGAGAUCUUGAAACUGCCUUUCCUAACUAGAGAACAAAAUUUAACUUCUGUGUCGAAGUACUGAGGACGUUUUGUAGUAGUAACUCCUAAACAGAGAGCCAAAGUAGAAAUUUUCAAUCAUAGGCAUUAUGACAGCAUUUGGGGAAUAGACGGGUUCCUGUGUGAUUCAGUCUAGAAGAGAGAAUUGUAUUUGUUAAAGCUAUGUUGUCAUAAAGCAUGAUUUUCCAGUGGAUGAAUGUCUAGAAUGGAUUGUUAAGAUGAAGAGGAUAAUUUAUAUGAUAACCUUUGUACAAGUAUGGAAAGGGAGAAGUCUAAGAUUUGGUUCUUGACAAUUUCUGGAACUGAACAUAUUCCAAAAGCUGUCCUGAACAUAUUCCAGGUCACCUGCUACGAGUUGAAGGUAGAUGGCUUCACUCCUGCAGUGCUUUGUGCUGGCUGGCCUCAGCGAACCAGUUUCCAUGUGUUUCCACUUUCCUCUACUGGCUUUGUGCAGAAAGGUUUCCACUUGCCAUCCACAUUCUGGGGAUAAACUGCAGACCAGAAAUAGAGAUGCCUGCAGGGUCAGAACUGGGCCACAGUUCCCAGAAUCGGUUGUGCCUCAAACAUCUGUUCCAGAUGUUGAACCUUGGAAGAACUAAGAUGAUAUUUUAAAUGAGUUGCUGCCUUCUCUGGAAACAGAAGGAAACCUAACCUCUUUGAUGAACAUUUGGGUUUAAUUUAAAUACCAAGAGUAAAAAUUCGCUCACUCUUUUGAUUUUACUCUAGUUUGUAUUAAAAGGAAAGAAAUCUGCUAAAGAAAAUGUCACAGAGGGAAAUCAUUGUAAUGGUAAAAAUAGAAGAAUGGAGUAUGCGGAGGAAGCUGGAAGUGAAGGUUUCUUCCUGGAAACUGGUCAUCUGUCCUGGCUUCUAGAUGUCAGGAGGGGCCAGUGACCUUUUGUAGGCUCACUGGAAAUUUCUGAUUCUAUGUGAGUUUGAGAUAACUUUAUCCAGUAAGUCCUAUGUUUUUCAGAUGAUAGAUUACUAAAAACAAUGAGGAUUGAGAAAUUUUUAAACCCCUUGGUUUGUUUUAGUAUUUGAGAGUUCAGAAAGAAAUUCUUCAUACCUAAUUUCUAGUUCUUAAGUCAACAACAGUUCUUAAAUGCUAUUUAUUUGUGUAAGUUUGUACAUAGUAAUACCAACCUCAUAAUGUAGAAGAAUAUAUAUUUUUUUUCAUGAGUUUGAUUUUCGUUUUUGCAAUGAAAUGCUUCUGUUGCAUUUCAGAUAGCCUAUGGCCCUUUUAUUGUGGUCAUUUUUUAGCACACCAUUAUAACCCACAAAGUAGAGAUUUAGGAUUUGGAUUUUUCUUUUGUUUUGAGUUCUUUUAUUCAUUUGUCCUUGUGACUGUAGUGAUGCCUUCAUAGAGAAAGAGUGAAUGGAUUAGAGAAUAAUUGUUUAAUGCAUAGUUAUUUCACUUCUUGAAUGCUUUUUUUAAUGGAUAAUUGUAAAUGUAUAUAUUUUAAUUGCAUUGGUGCAUUGAACAUUUUCAUUUCUAUACCAUUGGACCAACAGAAUUAUUUCUGGCUAUUGGGUGCCUGAUAAUAAUGUCUUGAUUUUCCUUUGGGACUCAACUAUAUAUAUCUAUAUAUAUAUAGGUUUUCCCUCCACUCGUAGGGGGAGUACAGGUGAUGGAUCAUUGAUGUCAUUGCAAUUGUUAUUUUUUAAAAUAAAUAUAAAAUACUAAAAACAUGUCUGCAUCCUCUGUGUUGUGGGUUGUAUUAUAACAACACUUCAAAUCUAGUAUCCAGGCCUUCUAUCACCUUUGUCUUCCUACUUAAAAUUGUUUUCUGUCACCUGGGUUGAUUUGAUCGUUCUGCUAUUAAAUGUUAAUCAAAAUGUGAUUACAUGAGUAAAAUUGGCCCUUUCCUUAAUGAUCACCAAAACACUCUUGAUUGGGGCCCUCCCAAGUGGCGCAGGAGGGUUAAAGCCCAGAGCUGUGAAGCCAACCAGCCCCAGCUACUCAAGGUUCCAUUCCAAGCCAGGGAAUUGACCCACAUAGCGCAACAGACUUAUA